AGUGAAAAAGAGGCACUUUCACUUGCACAUCACUCUUUAUUAAAAAGAGGCAAGAAACUAAUCAAAACUGCUACAACAGUGACUAAUAGAGGGAAACCAAGAAAUGUUAAAUCAGUGGCCACAAAGGCUCAUCGUGGAAAGUGGCUAUGGUGUGCGAAAAAGCCUCCUAAGACUGAAGAAAAUGAGACUGUGUCAACACAUCACCAGUGUGCACAUAUCCGAAAUGCAAAGUUCAGCAUGUUUGCUCAAGAGCAAGAGAAACAUAAUGUUGUAAUAAGUAUGGAUGACAAAGCAUACCUAUGA